CUCUACCUCACCACCACCGACGAUGUUGAAGGCUUCGCGGGCAGCUAGAGUCUCAUCACGCUCGCUGAAGCCAGCUCAACGACGCGGACUUGCCACCGUCGCCGAUACUCCUGUCAGACGCUAUGGAGGUCUGAAGGACCAAGACCGUAUUUUUACCAAUGCUUACUGCAAACAUGACCAUGGUCUGAAGGGUGCUCAGUCCCGCGGCGACUGGCACCGGACGAAGGACAUUCUCUUGAAGGGCGACUCGUGGAUUAUUCAGACUAUGAAGGAUUCCGGUCUUCGAGGUCGUGGAGGAGCUGGUUUCCCCAGUGGUUUGAAGUGGAGUUUUAUGAACAAGCCAGGUUGGGAGAAGGACAAGCGACCUCGCUACCUCGUUGUCAACGCUGAUGAAGGAGAACCCGGAACUUGCAAGGACCGCGAAAUCCUGCGUGGCGACCCCCACAAACUGAUCGAAGGCUGCCUCGUCGCCGGCCGCGCCAUGAACGCCACCGCCGCCUACAUCUACAUCCGUGGUGAAUUCUACCAAGAAGCCGCCCACGUCCAACAAGCCAUCAACGAAGCCUACGCUGCCGGUCUCAUCGGCAAGGACGCCUGCGGUUCCGGCUACGCCUUCGACGUCUACCUCCAUCGCGGAGCCGGCGCCUACAUCUGUGGCGAGGAGACGGCGCUGAUCGAGUCUAUCGAGGGCAAACAGGGCAAGCCGAGACUGAAGCCUCCGUUCCCGGCGGAUGUGGGGCUGUUUGGGUGCCCGAGUACGGUGGCGAAUGUGGAGACGGUGAGUGUGGCGCCGACGAUUUGUAGGAGGGGCGGGAGCUGGUUCGCGAGCUUCGGGAGGGAGAGGAAUCAGGGAACGAAGUUGUUCUGUAUUUCGGGUCAUGUGAAUAACCCGUGUGUGGUGGAGGAGGAGAUGUCGAUUCCGUUGAAGGAUUUGUUGGAGAAGCAUUGUGGUGGCGUGAGGGGUGGGUGGGAUAAUUUGUUGGGGAUUGUGCCCGGUGGAAGUUCCGUGCCUAUCUUGACGAAGAAGCAGAGUGGUGAGGUUUUGAUGGACUACGACUCGCUCAAGGAUGCUGGUUCCGGUCUCGGAACAGGUGCGGUCAUCGUCAUGGACAAGUCAACAGACAUCGUCAAGGCUAUCGCCCGUUUCUCUUCCUUCUACAAACACGAGUCAUGCGGCCAGUGCACGCCUUGCAGAGAGGGUACUACCUGGAUGAUGAACAUGAUGAACCGUUUCGUCGAAGGGCGUGGCCACCAACGGGAGAUCGACAUGCUUCUCGAGCUCACCAAACAAGUCGAAGGCCGCACGAUCUGCGCCCUCGGCGAUGCCGCCGCCUGGCCCAUCCAAGGCCUCAUGCGCGCCUUCCGCCCCGAAGUCGAGCGCCGGAUUGCAGAGUUCCGGGCGAGGGAGGGCGCAGUCAUGUUUGGCGGCAAGAUGGUGAAGGAUAUCGACCCGACGUUGGCGGUGCCGGAUAAUUUGGGGGCACAUUUGAAGGAGGUUGGGGCGCCGGCGGGGGUUUAAGCGUGAGGGAGGGAGGACGAUAAAACGGGGGAUUUUAGUUUACUCUGACUGAGCGUUUCUCGAUUUGUCGUCUGGUGCAUCACAUUUUUAUGGUUCGUUCAUCAUCCAUGAGAGCCUAAGACCGUUGCAC